AUGGUUAAAAUUUUACCUUUAGUUUCAUUAGUCUUAAUUGUAUUGUCAGCUGUAUGCACAAUCAUUGGUUUUUCAACUUACUGGUAUCAAGUAAAGUAUGAAGGUGUUAGUGGUUCAACUGUAACAACCUACUAUAAGUACAAUAAAGUUAAAAGUGUUCUUUCAUUUAAUGGAGAUGAAGAAACAGAUACUUCAAACUAUGAUGAUGUUGAUGGUGAAUUUUCAGCUCAAUUAAAAUUCUACAAAGCCGCUUUAUCAAUGGAUAUUUUAGCAUUUGUUAAUUUAUUCUUUUCAGCAUGUUAUAUGGGUAUGGCCGCAUUUAAAGAAAUUUCCCCAGCAAAUCAAACUAAAUUAAAAAAUUCUCUUAAUGGUGCAACUGUAUUUUUAAUUAUUGCAACAUUUGUAGUUUUAGGUUUACCAAAAGCAAGUAGAGAGGAUUGUGAAGAUUAUGCAAAAGAUAGUAGCUUAAAUUAUACUGGUAGUCAAGUAGAUGAAAUGUGUGGUGGUGAUAUUUAUAAAAAAUUCAUUGGAAGUCACACUGAUGAAGAUGGUUCAAAAUUAUCUUGGGGUCCAACAACUGCUUGGAUUGCAAUUGUCGUUGGUCUUGGUAUUGCAUUCUUCAAUAAUAUUUUUGUUUAUUGUGGUCCAGUUUUCAGAAGUUAA